UUUGAGCCAAUGUAAUUUCAAUUAUCAAUAGUUUUCAUUUACCUGCGCCAAAAUGGCUGCAUCAGUUCAACGUUUCGUUCUCAAUCCUUUGCCAUCCAUCGCUGCACCCUUGAAUUUGAAUUUGAAGAAGAGAAAGAAGAAUACCAUCGUAAACCCACAACCUCAUCUGUCAAAAUUCACUCAAAAUCAUAUCAUCCCUCUCUCCUUGAAAGAGUUCAGCAGCUGCAGCCGACAGGAGGGAGAACUAGAAGAUGCCUUUUCAAGUUUAAGUGACUUCCUCACUCAACAAACGCCUUCCCACUUUUGCUUGGACGAGUUUUAUGCAUCACUUCUUCAUCUAUGUAUCAGAGAGGGAUGCUUAUCACUGGGUCAACAGAUUCAUGCCCAAGUAGUGAAAUUGAAUACUUCGUGUGACACGGUAUUUCUGUGUACCAAACUUGUCUUUAUGUAUGGAAAGUGCGGGUCUAUUUUGAAUGCAGAGAAGGUGUUUGAUAGAAUGCCAGAAAGAACUGUAUUUUCAUGGAAUGCCAUUAUUGGUGGUUAUACAACAAAUUUUAAACCAUUUAGAUCUAUAGAAUUAUACAGAGAAAUGCGGGUUUCUGGGAUUUCUCUCGAUGCUCACACUUUUCCUUGUGUAAUUAAAGCUUGUGGGUUGCUUAGUGAUAUACACUCUGGAGCUGAAAUUCAUGGUCUUUCCAUUAAACUUGGGCAUGCCUCUAAUGUGAUUGUGAUGAAUUCAUUAGUGGAUAUGUAUGCAAAGUGUGAUCGUCUCGAUUCAGCAAUGCUGAUUUUUAGUAAUACCAUUGCAAGAGAAGAUGUUGUAUCAUGGAACUCAUUGAUUUCAUCUUAUUCAGCUAAUGGGCAUCCUAACGAAGCAUUGAAGCUUUUCAUAGAAAUGCUGAGCCUAGGUCAUUCCCUCAGCACAUAUACUUAUGUUGCUGCCCUUCAAUCCUGCUCUGGUUCCUCAUUUGAUGAACUUGGAAUGCAGCUCCAUGCAUCUGUUAUCAAAUCAAAUCUUAAUCAUGAUCUGUUUGUGUCCAAUGCUCUGAUGGUCAUGUAUGCCAGGUUGGGUCAAAUUAGUAAGGCUGCUACGGUUUUUAAGGUGAUGGAUGAACGGGAUAUGAUAUCUUGGAAUGCGAUGCUUUCGGGUUUUGUUCAAAACGGUCUCUACAGCGAAGCUUUACAGUUUUGGCAUGAGAUGCAGAUUGCUGGCCAGAAACCAGACCAGGGUUCGGUUGUAAAUAUGGCUGCAGCAUCUGCCAGAAUGGGAAAUCUGAGGUAUGGGAUGGAAAUUCAUGUUUACGCAAUAAAAAACGGGUUAGAUCAUGAUUUACAGGUCGGUAACACACUACUAGAUAUGUACGCGAAAUGUUCAAAUUCAGAUUAUAUGGAUUCUGUAUUCAAUAGGAUGCUUUAUAAAGAUUUAAUUUCAUGGACAACAAUUAUUUCUGGGCAUGUCCAGAAUAAAUCUUACUUGCAGGCAUUGCAGUUAUUUCGUUUAGUACAGACAAGAGAAAUUUUUGUGGAUGAGUUGAUGAUUGGGAGCGUUCUACAGGCUUGUAGUGGUUUAAAAUGUAGUUCGCUUGUAAAAGAAGUUCAUGGUUGUGUUAUUAAGCAUGAGAUUUUCGACCAUGUUCUACAGAAUACAAUACUGGAUGCUUAUGGAGCGUGUGGAAAUGUAGAAUACGCUUCUCGCAUUUUUAAUACGAUCGAAGUCUUGGAUGUCGUGUCUUGGACGAGCAUGAUGUCUUGUUAUUACCAUAACGGGCUUGCGAAUGAUGCACUUGGAAUUUUCUUCUCUUUAGUAGAAUCCAAAAUGGAAAUGGACUCCAUUGCGAUAGUUAGUGCUUUAUCAUCGGUUUCAAGUUUAUCUUCGUUAAAGAAAGGGAAAGAGAUUCACGCGUUCUUAUUCCGAAAAGGUUUCGUUGUUGAGGAUUCUGUCGCGAGUUCUCUUGUCGAAAUGUAUGCUUCCUGUGGCGAUAUAGGGAACUCUAACCGUGUAUUUAGAUCCACUGUAAGGAAAGAUCUAAUCCUUUGGACGAGCAUGAUCAAUGCUUAUGGUAUGCAUGGGAAUGCCCAAGCAGCCAUUGAUUUGUUCAAACAGAUAGAUGAUAACGACAAAAAUGUCGUUCCAGACCAUAUUACGUUUUUGGCACUUCUUUAUGCUUGCAGCCAUGCAGGUCUUGUGGACGAAGGUAAAAAGUGGUUUGAUAUAAUGCAACGUAAAUAUGGAUUAGAUCCCUGGCCCGAACAUUACGUUUGCUUAGUUGAUAUUCUUUGUCGUGCAAACCGAUUGGAAGAAGCCUUAGAUUUUGUAAAGGAAAUGCGGACAGAACCUAUUGCUGCGGUCUGGAGUGCUAUUCUCGGUGCAAGCCGAGUUCACUCGAAUGAGAGCAUAGGAGAAAUUGCAGCCCAAAAGCUUCUAGAAUUGGAUCCUAACAAUCCCAGCAAUUACGUGCUUGUCUCGAAUGUUCUUGCCUCGUUUGGAAGAUGGGACGAUGUUGAGGAAAUUCGAAUGAGAAUGAAGAUGAAAGGGUUGAAGAAAGAACCUGCUUGUAGUUGGAUUGAAAUUGGUAAUAAGAUUCAUACGUUUAUUUCGAGAGACAGAUCUCACCCGCAAUCUGAUGAGAUUUAUCGAGAAUUAGCGAAAAUUACAGAGAUGUUGGAAAAGAAAGGAGGCUAUGUUGCUGAAACGAAAUUUGUGUUGCACGACGUGGGAGAAAGCGAGAAGAGGAAGAUGAUUCAUCAGCACAGCGAAAGGCUGGCGAUUGCGUUUGGUUUGUUGAAUAUAGCAGAUGGAAUGCCUAUAAGGGUUUCGAAGAAUCUUCGAGUAUGUGGGGAUUGCCACACCUUCACCAAGUUAGUUUCGAAGUUAUUUAGACGUGAUAUUGUCGUGAGAGAUGGAAACAGAUUCCACCACUUUAAGAAUGGAACCUGUUCUUGUGGAGAUUUCUGGUGAUGGAUCAAACAUGCGGAUCUCGAAGAUUGAAAAAUGCGAAAAGAGAAAACAGUUGGUAGUUAAAUUAUUCUUGGAUUGUUAACUGCUUCAAAUACUGAAAGUUACAUCCUUUGAUCUGAGUGAUAUUCUGAGCAUGACUUCCAUGGUUUAGAAGAAUUGCCUUUAAGAUGAAUAACUAUCCUGUUUUUAACUCUUUCCAUUGGUAGACCCUUUUAUGGUCUAUUAAUGGAAUGAUCUUAGGAACUGAUUAAAGUACUCCAAGAUGCUCAAGAUAUGGUUGAGAAAUCUCGCCGAUUAAUUUUCUGGAUACAGAUUUAGAUACAUUUGGUGUGGCCCCAAUUGGAAUUCGCCUCUGGACUGAGGAUUACCUAAUGAAUUCUCAUCUGAAUUCACAACCAAAUGAGAAAACAAGAUGAAAUGAUAUUUUCAAGUGAAGCCUUUCAAGAAAAUUUGUGUAUUCUUGUAUAAUGUGUGAUGAAACUAUUGUGGAAAAUUUGUUAUCAAUACUUCAGCUUGAAGCAUAUAUUUGAGAUAAUCAUGUUUUCUUCUCUUUUA